UCCCGCGCCAAGGCCUACGACCGCCGCCGGCUGCCCACCACCUCGGUGGUCAUCGCCUUCUACAACGAGGCCUGGUCCACGCUGCUGCGCACGGUGCACAGCGUGCUGGAGAGCAGCCCGGCCGUGCUGCUGAAGGAGGUCAUCCUGGUGGACGACCUCAGCGACCAGCCCUACCUGAAGGCCGAGCUGGAGCGCUACGCCCUCAACAUCCUGCUGUGCGACCGCAUCUCGCUGCACCGGCACAUCCAGGACGGGCGCCUGCCCGAGUGCCGCGCCAAGGCCUACGACCGCCGCCGGCUGCCCACCACCUCGGUGGUCAUCGCCUUCUACAACGAGGCCUGGUCCACGCUGCUGCGCACGGUGCACAGCGUGCUGGAGAGCAGCCCGGCCGUGCUGCUGAAGGAGGUCAUCCUGGUGGACGACCUCAGCGACCAGCCCUACCUGAAGGCCGAGCUGGAGCGCUACGUCAGCGGCCUGCCGCGGGUGCGCCUCAUCCGCACGCAGCGGCGCGAGGGCCUGGUGCGCGCCCGCCUGGUGGGCGCCACCUUCGCCACGGGCGAGGUGCUGACCUUCCUGGACUGCCACUGCGAGUGCGUGCCCGGCUGGCUGGAGCCGCUGCUGGAGCGCAUCGCGCGGCACGAGCGCGCCGUGGUCUGCCCCGUCAUCGACACCAUCGACUGGAACACCUUCGAGUUCUACAUGCAGCCCGGCGAGCCCAUGAUCGGCGGCUUCGACUGGCGCCUCACCUUCCAGUGGCACUCGGUGCCCGAGUACGAGCGCCAGCGGCGGAAGUCCAAGGUGGACCCCAUCCGCUCCCCCACGAUGGCCGGGGGCCUCUUCGCCGUGAGCAAGAAGUACUUCGAGUACCUGGGCACCUACGACACGGGCAUGGACGUCUGGGGCGGCGAGAACCUGGAGCUGUCCUUCAGGGUGUGGCAGUGCGGGGGCAUCCUGGAAAUCCACCCCUGUUCCCACGUGGGGCACGUCUUCCCGAAGCGGGCCCCCUACGCCAGGCCCAACUUCCUGCAGAACACCGCGCGGGCCGCCGAGGUCUGGAUGGACGAGUACAAAGAGCACUUCUACAACAGGAAUCCUCCGGCGCGGAAGGAGAACUACGGCGACCUCUCCGAGAGGAAGCGGCUCCGGAAGCAUCUGGGAUGCCAGAGUUUUGACUGGUACUUGAAGACGGUGUUCCCCAGCUUACACGUCCCGGAGGACCGGCCCGGCUGGCACGGGGCCAUUCACAGCCUGGGCAUCUCUUCAGAGUGUCUGGAUUACAACUCCCCAGAGCACAACCCCACCGGGGCCCACGUGAGCCUCUUCGGAUGCCACGGGCAGGGGGGCAACCAGUUCUUUGAAUACACGUCCAACCUGGAAAUCAGGUUUAACUCCGUAACGGAACUCUGCGCCGAAGUGCCGGAACAAAAGGAUUUUGUGGGCAUGAGAAAUUGCCCCAAAGACGGUUCCGCCAUCCCAGAAAACAUUGUAUGGCAUUUUAAAGAAGACGGGACCAUCUAUCACCCUCACUCGGCCAAAUGCCUUAGCGCCUAUCGCACUCCUGAGGGCCGAGCCGACGUAAAGAUGAGGACAUGUGAUGCUUCGGAUAAAAAUCAACUCUGGAGGUUUGAGAAAUAGAACGGAAUCGCCACCCAAAAUAGAUUCCCAAAAUAUAAUGUUUGGGCCACAUUAGAUAACUUUUUAAAAGGUUUCUGGUAAGAACUGCAAAUGAAUGAAAGCGGGGAAAAAAAUCAGAUUUGUGGAUUUGCCACUUAAAAAGUGCCUUUUCUUCUGAAUGGAGGUAUUAACAAUAUGAAAUGAAACUUCACACACAAGUUUAAGUAUGUUUGUUCUGCACAGAUUACAGCAAACGAACAUCCUGGGGAGGAGCUAAAUUCAAGGGAAAUAAGUACAGCCACAGUAGUCAUUGUGCUUUUAGGAUUUGCUAAAUGAUACACAUUUUGUGAAGCUUAGGAAAUGGUCUUUCUGGAUGUGGAAGAGAAACAUUGCUAUAAGAACGAUGCUAGAGAAAAAUGCAAAACUGAAGUUGGGGCUCAGUUGAUGGGAUUAUCGAUUCCUCACUUUAGGAACAAGAUUAGUUCCUCCCCAUCUCUCGGUGCACCUCAGUUCCUUGGUCUUUAAUGAGAGCAGAGCUGGGAAGAACAUUAUAACAUUACGUGGGAGGAGGGGAAAAAGCCAGGAAAUAUUGAUUGAUUUAAUAUUUUUAAUCAAUCUGAAUUUGAUUUGGGAACGUGGGCAGAAAUAAACAUUGUAACUGAGGUUAAAAGGGUCGAGUAGUGCCCAAGGAAUGCCCCUUUGGCUGAUGUUAAAAAACAAGAAAACGUCUGAGCUAACUUUCUGAAGCUCAGAAUCCGUGUUUAUUUUUUUUAAUGGGAUGAAUUCAUCAUCUCUGCCUGCUUAUGUAACCUCUUUCUAUCAGGGAGGCAGAGAAAAAUGUUUCUGUGGCUGGUUUCUUUAUGCAUCAUGGAAAGUACAUUAGGAUAAACAUCUAGCUUUUCUUGAGGGCUGAAAACAUUACUUUUCUUUGAAAAGGUAGCGUAAGUUUAGCUAAGUCUUAAGGUGGCGUCCUACAUCCUCGUUAGCCACGUGGCAUAUCCGUGUGUAAGUCAUGGUAGAAACUGGCAAUGACUUGUUUUCUGUCUUAAUCUGUGCCAAUUUCCUGAAAGGAGUACCUGGGACUGUGCAAAAUAGGUUGCCAAUCAAACUUGUAAAGUGUAAAAGCCGUUCUAGCAAAUACAGGCGACGCCCAAGUCUUUUGGUUAGAGUUUUAUAAAAUACCCAAAAUUAAAUGGACAGCCUGAUACCAGUGCGGUUGCUAAAAGAGGUUAUGGAGAAAAAUAACUGGGAAGCAUUUCAUAUCCAUUCAACUUCAGAGCCCCCCCAUUAGAAAAGUUAUUCUGAAGAGAGAAUAGUUUUAUAGAUCAACUUCUGAUGGUGCUGACGGUUUGGGACCUUUAUAACUUGCCUAAUGGAAGAAGAGUGAAACCAGCUAGCUUUCCAGAUGUCUGUGUGUGUUUUAACUAAGGUGUAUUUAUUUGUCGGGCACACUCCGAAUUAGAAGACUACUCGUGAACUGUAGUAAUAUUAUUUCCCAAAAGGACCAUCCUGACACUCCCUCCCAGAGAAGGUUGUCUUUGUCCUCCUAGAAGCUCAAAAUAGCUCUUCAGCUAUGCUAGGUUUUAGUUUUAAGCUCGCUCCAACACUGAGUUCUCGGUUCUUGGCUUGAUGCUGCAACUUCAGUGCUGCAACUUGGAAUUGUAAGCUAAGUGGACUGAAGACAGUUUUCCCCCAGGGUUGAAAGUAGCACAACAGAACACUAAUUGCUCCAGGGCGGGUCCUGCAUCGCCUCCCAUGAUUAUCCAUCUUUGUCCUUAGAAAUCAAAGUUGGUGAGCAGGUCUGGGAUUUCAAAGGGCGGGGACACCAUGUCUUCAACAGCCGUGAUGACUAUCAAAAAAUUAGGCAUAAUCUGUUACGUGCCAAGAAUGUAGAUUUCCAAGGUGCAGAACUGAUUUUAUUUGUUGUUAACCCUAAACCUUUCUGUUUUGCACUUUAGAAAUUCAUGUUCCUUGCACCUAACAGGAAAGGAGAACAGAAAUAAACCCGCAAGGGAAAGAAACGUAGAAUGUAGCACUAAUUCUUUUCUGCCAGUUUUCAAGUCUGAACUGCAAGCACAGGGCAAAAUUGUGUAUUAAACGACGCCAGUCUGUUUGCCAAUUAAAAACAGUCGUAUUUUCAGACUAUCCUUCAUUGUGAAGGUGCGUCUCUCAGAUGGGGCUACCCAAUGAAACGGAUAUCUUAGACCCACUUUCACUCACUGCAUGGUAGGGAGUACAGUAAUGAAUUUUGCAGUUCUUAAGCAGUGGGAUCUCUGUGGGAGUAAGUCACUUAAAGUUCCCCUAAGAGGGUUGAAUUUUAUGAACUUCAUUCAGGAGAACUUUGUGGUGUGGCAAAACAUACUAUUCUUUGAAUCUGCUUUAUAAGAGCUCAUAUUAUUGUUCUGGGAUUACCUUUAUUCUGAGAGAUUUCUCUAUGCACUUCUGUCUGGUAUGAUAUGCCAAGAUAAUUCUUUGACACUUUAGCACUGAGAUGGGAACUAAAGCGUAUAGGACUGUGUCUUGAAAACCCGCAAGUGACCUUUGGUUUUGGUUCAGAAUGUGUAUUGUGGCUGAAUUACCUAUGUACCAUGCACUCUGAACCUGGAUUAGCUAUGCAAUUUUUUUUUCACCUGUAUGCCUUAUUCCUUGUUUUAAGAAAUCAAUAUUCUUGAGCAAGCUUGUUUAAAAAAUUUUGCAACCCGAGCAGAAAACCAAGAGGGCCAAUUUGUAAUAUUUUUUUACUAUGCGUAAUUCUAAACCCAUUUAAUAUAGAUGAUGCCCCAGCUUUAUAAGACUUAUUUCAAAGGAAAUAUGCAUAAAAAUGUGUUGUUCUUGUUCAUAAGUUACUGCACUCAGAUGCACAGUUCCCAGCAAUAAGAAUUGUUCUGAAUAGUAAUUCAGUGCUAAAUUUGUUAAAAUUUGUAAAUAUUUUUAUGCUAAGGAUUUGCACUGGCAUCUUUUUAACUAUAACGUUGCUCUUAAGUAAGCAAUAAUUGUUUACCAGUUUCUAUUUUGAUAUCUUGAAAAAUGAAGGGGUACUUCUAUUCUUUUAACAAUGGUAAAAUUAAUUGGGGAAAAUUUUACUGUGAGGCAUUUAAACUACUGAUUUUCCAGAUUUGUCUUUAGGGACAUGAAUAAUUUGACAAAUACAUGCUUGUGAUAAAUCGUUUGAAAUGGCAGAAAUAAAUUUUUUUCCAGUUAGA